AUGGACCUUCGAACUUUUGCACAUACAGCGGCCAAUGCAGCAUUUCGAGAUUCGGAUGCUUCACGGCGGGAAAAAUUCAAGGAUGGCCGGUCUAGGGGUGGAUCGGACGGGGCUGCAAGUUAUGGUCGAGCUGGUCCUGCAAAAUUGCAAUCGACGAGCAAUAUCCAGGGACCUAGAUUGGGCGAAAGAUACCUCAGCGACGCUCUAAUCCAUGAAUCUGCAAGAGGAACCCCGAAAAUCAUAAGUGACGGACAGGCGAAGUCAGAAAUACAGCCAGCAUUCAAACCACAUCCUGCGCCGUCUCGGGGCGCGAAAGAAAAACCAGAUGAUCACUCUCGAGUCAAGUUGCCGGCCGAGGAGAACGAUAGGGACGAAAGCGUUCCUGAUGACGACGCAUUCAAUCCAGCAGACCUUUUUUACGUCGUCAUGGGUGUCACAGGAGCUGGGAAAAGCACCUUCAUCUCCUUGUUGUCGGAAGAUGCAGUCGAAGUCGGACACGAUCUUCAGUCGAAAACCGCGCAUGUCAGUCAGCAUCGGUUUCAGUGUCCUGAUGGGCGUAAAGCAUGGCUUAUUGACACACCCGGAUUUGACGAUACUGGACGCCCAAAUGUCGAGAUCUUAAAAGAGAUCAUUGCAUCUCUGACGAAGCUCUAUGAACGUGGCGGGAGCAUCUCGGGUAUGAUAUACCUGCACCGGAUUACGGAUCCACGAAUGUCAGGCUCAGCUUUGAAGACUCUGGAGAUCUUCAAGUUAUUGACUGGUGCCUCGGCGAUGCCCAUCGUCCGACUCGUGAGCACGCGGUGGAAUGAGGUAGAUCUGAUGGGCCCGGAUUUAGAGAAGGCAGAGCGACUUGAAGACCAACUACACAUGUCAGAAAAGUACUGGGCGCCUCUGAUCCGUGACGGUGCUGUUCCCCGUCGUCACACGGGGGAUCGACGGUCGGCCCUGGCCAUUGUUUCGACUUUGCUUGAAAGGAAACAGCCACCUCCAAAGUUAGCCAUCGUGAGAGAGGUUCUGGAUGAGGGGCUCUCUUUGCUCGAUACCGCGGUCGGGCGAUUCAUUAGUCGUGACAAUGAGGAGCUCCGCAGGCAGUACGAGGCAGAAAUCAAAAAGUUGCAGCAAGACCGAAAGCAGGCCCUGGAGGACCAUGACCUUGAGGUUGCCGAACUCUUUGCCGCCGAAGAGUUGGAGUAUCAACGACGGAGAGAAACGGUGCUCGCUACUGAAUCUCAACUCAACGUCGAUUUCCACCGUCUCCACGACCGGACCUAUCAGCGAUCUGUUAUGGGGCAAGCGAGGUCGACAGAUGAUGAUAAUUCUGAAGGGUUGAGGUCCGAAAACGAGUUGUUGCACCUUGAACGAACACAAUUAGAGGAGAAAAUGGCAAAAGCGGAGAGGCGGCACCGAAUAGAAAUGGCAAGGCUGCAGGAAGCAAUGGCUCAACAGAAUGCGAAACAACGUGAGGAGAGCGCGAGGGACAUGCGUCGGCUCACCCUUCAUUAUGAACACGAGCGUCGCGAAAGGGAGGACCAGCUAUAUCGCCUGAAAAGGAAGAACAGGAGGCUCAAGAAGUCUUCCACCAAUUUCUUCGAUUGGUUGAUGUGGUCAGGUUGA